GUCUGCAUACUGUAUGUGUGGCUACUGAAAGGACAAGCUGAGUCAAGGAUCUGUUCCCGACACCUUCAGUCAGCCUGCCAGACCAGCUGCAACAACAUCAGAAAGCAGGCAGUUCCAGGAACCUGUGUGACGAUGACAUUCCAGGGACUUUUAGCUGUGUGGACUCUCUGUCUGGUUUGUGUGAGAGGCUGGGAUGCUCCAUGGUUCUGUCAUGGGUACGACUGCCCUGAGUUCACAGAUAUUCAUACCAAUGAGGACUUUGAAGAACGCUUCUACAACGCUUCUCAUUGGAUCACCAUAGACGUCGCCAUCCCUAACAAAGAGGAAGUUAAAAAAGCGCUUUGGACACUCUAUUAUUACAGCAAAGGAGAAAAUGAAGAAAAGGCCAAUGUAGACCUGCCAUGGCCUAGGAUUAUCCUGGUGGAGGGGGAUGGCGAUGAGAAACAUGGGUCUGUGUCCUGGCCAGUUCCUCCAGAAACCCAUCUGCCCAAACCUAACGAUGCCACCAUCAAGGAGACGGACAUACCCGCUGGCACAGUUUAUGUCAGGAGCUUUGGUGGGGUGGCAUCUGAAGCUGAUGCCUAUGAUAAUGUAGAUCAGCUGAAGGCUUCUCUUGAGGCUGCAGGGAAGAGUUUCAACCCAGAUAGGUUUGUGGCAGCUGGGUAUGACCCCCUCAUACGACUGUUCAACAGACACAAUGAGGUCUGGCUCUUUGCUGACUAAGAGACGCUG